AAACUUUUUUCAAAACUUUCAAAGAAUCAAUUUUUCAAGCCAACAAUCAGUUUGUCUUUGCUAUUCUUCUCUAGUAUUAUUUUAUUUUCUAGUUUAUUUGAAUUUCUUCGAUUUUAAGUUUAAUUAUACUUCCUUACCUUCAAAUUUGCAUUGCAGUUCUGUGAAAUUUUGUUACCUCUAUUCAAACUGUUUUUUUUUUAAUUUAUUUUUAAUCUGACAAAAAUCUGACAUGAAGUAAAUUAUCUCAAUGCAUUUCUAGGCUGUUUUAAAUGGAAAAUCGCAAAUGCUUGCUGAUACAAAACUCAUUUAUAUGAAUUUUUUCCCAAGUCUCCAGUAUUUUUACCUGAAACCAUUGUCAGUUCACCUCUGUCCCAGCAUUUUAGCUCAAUCUGAGACAGAGGCUAUAUUAGAAUGCAUUGUCAUCUUUUAGUGUCUCUUUCUCAGCGUCGUCUGCCCUCAGCCCAUUCCGAAUGACAAUAGUGUUUAUGUAAAAUGCGCUGCCUUUGGGCCACUGGGGCACAGAACACUGCAUGCCUGGCCCAGCCACACCACCUUUUACAGCUUUUUAUUGUAUUCCCUUUGUGUCCCAUAAUCACAAGGGGAGGACGCGGCCAUCAAAAUUCUCCAAGACAAAAUUCUUCUCAAUGUGUGAAUGUAUGUGCACACACACACAUUGGGAACAAUUAGUUUGGGGCACUGCGUGCUUAAAUACAGAGAUGAUGUUCCCUGAAGCGGUCACCGGGCGAGCACCAGGCCCGAGUCUGGCACAGCUAGGUUUCCUUGAUGUUAGUACAGACAAUAUAGAUCUUAAUAAGACAAAUCUACCUCUCCGAAACUCAGUCCUAACACCCUUUCAUUCUUAUUCCCUCCCAGCCUCCUCUCUCUCUCCCUCUGUUUCUUUCUUUCUUUGCUACAUUACCAGGGGGUGGUGCAUGAUUGACAGAUGGGCAGGAAUAAUAAUUUUUUUUUUUUUUUUUUGCGUAACCUAAGGCCAUGCUCUGUGAUUGGCUUGCCAGCUGACAUCUCCAAACCUCACUUGUCGUUUUUUUCCCCUCUCUCUCUCUCUCUCUCUCUCUCUCUUACUCUCUCUCUCUAAUAUUGGCCCUGAUGAUCCUAAGGGGGAAAAAAGUGGGGAGAGAAAAAGAUAUGUACCUUAGGGAAGAACCUCAGUGAGAGGGAGGGAAUCAGAGGACGAGUAGGAGCGUGUGUACGAGUGUGUGAAAGAGACACUUACUCUCCUAACUACUACUGGGAGACACACACUUUCCUCACCCAACUCAAAGAAGCAGCAAUCCCUGGAGAAUUUUUUUUUUUUUUUUUUUUGCCUUCAUUUAAACCCCAAAAAAUUUGUAAUUAUUCUCUCAAGCAUCCAUAUUUUCCUUAAGACUUGCCUGCUGGGACUUAAUUUUCCACCCCUCUCUAGGAAUUCUAUGUACUGAUCAAUAGACAAUUUCCAUCCACACAAGACAUACCUCAUGGAUUUGUACCUGGUUGGAUAUCUCAUGUGCAUGUGGUUGUCCAGCUCUCGGGUGCUUGGAGGCUAUCCCAUCUGGUGGUCCCUGGCCCUUGGGCAGCAGUACUCAUCCAUAGGAUCACAACCCAUCCUGUGUGGCUCCAUACCUGGCUUGGUGCCAAAACAACUGCGGUUCUGCCGCAAUUACAUUGAGAUCAUGCCCAGCGUAGCGGAGGGAGUCAAACUGGGAAUCCAGGAAUGUCAGCACCAGUUCCGUGGCCGCAGGUGGAACUGCACCACUAUCAAGGACAAUCUAGCCAUAUUUGGACCAGUACUUGAUAAAGCCACAAGAGAAUCUGCAUUUGUUCAUGCAAUUGCCUCAGCUGGAGUGGCGUUUGCAGUGACCCGUUCGUGCGCAGAGGGGACCUCCACAAUGUGCGGCUGUGACUCCCACCAUAAAGGCCCGCCGGGAGAGGGAUGGAAGUGGGGUGGUUGCAGUGAAGAUGCUGAGUUUGGGGUUCUGGUGUCUCGAGAGUUUGCCGACGCUCGUGAGAACCGACCAGAUGCCCGGAGUGCCAUGAACAGGCACAACAAUGAGGCAGGACGGAUGACUAUCCUGGAAAACAUGCACCUUCGCUGUAAGUGCCAUGGACUGUCAGGCAGCUGUGAAGUGAAGACCUGCUGGUGGGCGCAGCCUGACUUCAGGCUGUUGGGGGACUACCUGAAAGACAAGUACGACAGCGCCUCCGAGAUGGUGGUGGAGAAACACAGGGAGUCCAGAGGCUGGGUGGAAACACUACGUGCCAAAUACGCCUUCUUCAAACACCCCACCGAGCGAGACCUGGUGUACUACGAGGGCUCUCCCAACUUCUGCGAGCCAAACCCGGAGACGGGUUCAUUUGGUACCCGUGACCGCGUCUGCAACGUGUCGUCGCACGGUAUUGAGGGCUGCGACUUGCUGUGCUGCGGCCGUGGCCAUAACACACGGACAGAAAAGCGUAAGGAGAAAUGCCACUGCAUCUUCCACUGGUGCUGCUACGUCAGCUGCCAGGAGUGUGUGAGGGUCUACGAUGUGCACACGUGUAAAUAAGUGCAGGAGGUGGAGGAAGAAAAGGACAAGUGGACAUUAAAGCAUGGAAAGCAAGAGAAGGAGAGGGAAAGACUGAGAACACACACACAUGAUAGUGGCACUUCUGUGGUAGAACUCUUUACUAAUGUGCCCUUUUUGAUCUACACGCCCCAAAAGAUGCCCACCGUAAGCAUCAUGGUUACUACUGCCAUUUCCUCUCACUCUUUUUUUGUGGCACGCAUUACUUCUGCAAAAGAACAAAAUGCCUUGUUAUCACAUUCAGUCUUCUUUAUCUGUAACACCAUCUCUCUGAUCAUAUCGCCCUACUGCCCAGGGGCCCGAAACGGGAUAUGUUCACCUACGACCAAUGACACUAGGCACGCAUGAAAGAACAAGAGGGGAGGGAGGGAGGACGACGAGAAACUCUCGGUUAACUACUGAACGCCGGGUCUAGAAAUAUGCCCUGCUAUACUACUGAAUCCAAUGCAAUGCUCAUGUUUUCCCUCAUGGUCUCUGAGGUUUCCUCAUCCAAGGACAUAUUGUACACUACUACCAUAUUCCCUAUAAUUAUAUAUGUUCAAAACCUGGGACAUAUUGCUGUUUGCUACAUAAAAAACUCCUGUUAAUUUGCUUUAUACAGCAGUUUGGAGGGAUGCAAUCGAUAAAUUAGCGUAGAAUGCUGUGGGCGGUGCAAAUGGGAAAAGGCAUUAUGGGUACCUUCAAAAUUUCAGUAGAUUUUUUGCAGAACAUGUACAUGCAAAGCCUUCAGUAACUCUUCUGGAUGAGUGCAUGACAGCUGGUGAAAUGCAUGACAGCAGAAUGCGACUACACACACUGGGCUAACGUGCACCCGAGCAGUAAAAUUUGCACUUACAAAACUACUAAUGAGUAUACUAAUUCUAGAGAUUACGACGAUUAUUUUUAACAUAUUCUUUUUGAUAAAGCUCCUCGUAUAUGACUGUGAAGGCUCCGUUUCAACACUUCCCUGAUGAGAAGUUUGCGUAGAGGAAGGAGAACAAGUGAACAGGAGGAGAAUAGUGAAGGAAAGAAAUAAGAGGGUAAAUAAAGGAGGGAAGUGGCAACCCUAUCUCAUGAGAUUUUACGAUGUGGCGAUUUUGUAUGAAUUUGUACAAUGGGAUUUGUACGAAAAAAAGUAAGCAUGAAGGUCCAUUCCUAAACCUAACCGAUAGUGGGGAGCAAGUAAGAUCGUACAAUUUCAUACGAAGUAGCCACCAAUUCGCCAAAAUGUAAAAUAGCUGCGAAUCGCCAUGAGAGUGUGUUGGAAGUGGAGGACUGCUGUGGGUUUGAGUGUGUGAUAAAUGGAGGAAAGACUGGCUUCACGAAGCUGAAACAGACUAGCGGAGGUUUCCAUACGACAUGUUCUGACAGUCCCAUACGCUUCCCGUUAAUUAAGUUUAACUACGCAAUGCUACUUCACAUCCACACCGAUCCUCGAGGAGCCCUCUCUCACCGGUCACAUCUACGCUCCCUUUUCCAUUUCUCCUUCCGCUAUAUCCAAAGUUUUGUACAAAGCCUUUAAAAGUUCAUAAUUCCCUUUUUAUUUUAUAAUCUGAAAAUGUUAUGUUUUUAUAAAUAUUAUUUAUUACACAAUGUAUAUAUCUGUAUGACUGAACUAAGAUUAUAUAUUUGAAGAACAAAACAGUCUCAUGAUUUUGCUUUUUAAUUUAAGAUUGACUCUUGCUCUAUUGGUAUAUUAUGCUAUAUGUAGCCUCCUUUAAUAUGCAAUGCUGAUAACAACACUUUUAACAUUCUCCAUAGUGGUAUAAAAAUAAAGUACUGUGCAACACUGGCACGCAGCUAAAUAAAGGGUUCAAUCUACCUGAUCACAAUCAUCUGACCCCCAUGUCUGCAUCUACUCUGUCAUUCCAGCGCUGACAUCAUCCUGUAGGUUUGCAGGUGGACCUCUGGUGUCUCCACUACAGUAACUCAACAAAAUGACAGAGUAAAGCAUGACACAAUGCACAAUACAAAUAUUGACUGAAAUAAAACCUAUUUUACCUGUUUAUGCAGAUAUUAUUCGGUCGGCUCCCGCUGUUGUAUGCAUAGGACAAUUUGAGAGUCACACUGUUAUUAAAGGGUUAGUUCACCCAAAAAUGAAAAUGAUGUAAUUUAUUAC